GCAGUACAGACCUGCAUGACAAUCCCGAGGCGAGACCAUAGAACGCUGAAGGUUUGUACUGCUGAGCCAAGCCAUCACCUAACGGUUUAGAUCAUAGAACCCUGAUGGUUAGCAGAAGCCAGAAACAGGAAUCUACCGAAUCUACGAGACCUGUGUAUUCUGAGCCUUGAUGUACCGUAAUACGGUGGAUUUAGCUUAGCCUCGUGUGGAACGUGCUCUACUUUUGGACCUCUGAUCUUCGUUCGGUAUCCCGUCACUAGCGCGAGGGAUUCGUUUCCUCUGUGAUGGGUUCAUCCAGUAGGCAUCACCAUCCGGAAGAGCAGACUCCUACGACAGCUGCUGAAUCCAGCGAUUCGCCUGAAGCCAUGAAUGGUCCAUCUAGAGCCAGGAACGGGUCGUCUGAUAAGUCUGAUGAUGGAGUAUCGAGCAAGUCAGCCAAGGCCGGUGAAUCUUCUUCUCCUCCCGGCUCCGCUGAACGGCCAGACGUAUCAGGGGAUGUUGGAGAUCAGCUGAAUGAGACGGUUGCCAGUCAAGACGGCGAGGUAGACGGUCAGGAAGGGAGCGAAGGCGGAAGUCGUCGACGGACUCCGUUCACGGAGAGCAGCCAGAUGGAGGCUGAUUUGGCUCUCGCUCGUGCGAUUCAGGAACAGGAGUGUGCAUUCAUGAUGCUUUACCACCAGCAAGCCUUAGCAGCAGCGUCAGCGUCAACGUCAGCUUCCAGCUCUCGCGCUGGCUCUAGAGACAGAUCCAGAGGCCUACAAGGCCGUCAAGGCCGUCAGGGUCGCCGUCAAGACCGUCAAGACCGUCAGGAUCGUCAGACAGGCUCUUCUGCAGAUAGUCCCAUUGUGCUGCUGAGCGAGGGCGAGGAGCUUGAAGAUGAGGAGGAUGAGGAAGAGGAGUUUGAGGAUGCGGAGGACGAUGAGUACGGCGAGUGGGAGGAAGCUAGCGAAGAGGAUGUUGAAAUAGGCGAAGCUGGCGAGGAUGGCGAAAGAGAAGGCGAAGCUGCUGACGAGUCAGGACGCGAGUCAGCAAGCGAAGUGGAUCUGCUUGGACUCGAACCGGAGACCUCUGAGAACGUCUCAGGCGUCGCCAGGGAUGGGCAAAUCGAUGCUGGAGGAGCCAUCAGGGGGGUAGCAGCAGCGCAGGGAGCGUCUCGCGUGAGAAGCGAAGGGGAGGGAGAGGUAGCGGGUGGAGAUGGGGAGGGACGGGAGGCAAGGGCGGGAGGGGAGGCAGGGGGUGGGGAGGCAGACGAGGCAGCGGAGGCAGCGUAUGAGGAUGACGAGGCGUUUGCUCGCGCGUUGCAGGAGGAGGAGGAGCGCGAGAUGGCGCGCAGGCUGAUGGCCAUGGCUGGGCUCCAACUGGGCGACGGGCGAGGGUCCAGCUCGAGGAGGAGAGCAGAGAUGCUGGCAGCAGCACACGGGAUUCCCUGGCCGUUUGGCGAGGCAGAGGGUGAUGAGGAUUCGGAGGAAGGGGAUGAGGAGGAGGAGGAGGAUGGUGAAGAGGAAGAUUUGGAUGAAGAUGCAUUGGAUGUAGACGAGAUGACGUAUGAGGAGCUGACUGCACUGGGAGAGGUGAUUGGAACAGAGAGCAAGGGGCUGUCAGAAGCAACCAUUGGCACUCUGCCACGUGUCGCCUACAGUACCAAGACACCCCUGAGACGAGGAGAGGACAUGUGUGCUAUUUGUCAGUUGGAGUACGAGGAAGGAGAGGAGUUGCUGCUACUGCCACCGUGCCAUCACUCUUACCAUGAGGAAUGUGUUGUCCAGUGGCUGGGUCGCAACAAGGUUUGUCCGGUUUGUAAGGAGGAGGUGCAGCAGCCCUGCAAAUGAUUGUAGAAUCGCGAUCUUGCAAGGCCUAGUUUCUCAAUCCACUUUUGUUGCAGGACCCGAGGUUCAGAAACAACGUUUAUGGCAGUUUUUAACGCACAUUUAUAUAAUGAGACCUAAAUAUGGAAAGUUGUGACGGAU